GGAAAUAAUAUGGCGCUUGAUUAUAGAAGGCACGCGGGUCUAUAUUUUUACCAAAAGUUCGUAAUGUGUAGAUGUUAAUAAAUUCCCCAUUAAGCAAAUAAAGAAUUGAUCUAAUACGAUAUCGGGAUUGCCUAACAAAUUGUUAAAAACGAAAGAAAAUAUAAAAACGGUUGACAAAGCGCAAAGUGCUCUUUUCACCACACUGUCAACAAAAUGACAGAAUUGUGGGAAAACAGAAACGCGGAAUAAUAAAACUAAUGGCAAUACAAAAUAAAAUAAAAUUGACUUAAUACGUAUUACUAUCGUCAAAUUGUAAAAAUAGUGCUUGAGAAAAACAAAUAACUUAUUCUCUGGUAUUAGCACAAUUUUGACGAAUGCGGGAACCAAAAUCAAAGGCUGCAGCCAUCGUACGUUCGCAUUAAUAUAAUGACUGAAUUUGAGGAAGGACUAUUCGAGAAACGUUUAGAAGGCUUAAAAGACAGCCAAGAAGGAAUACAGCACUUAUCGACAUGGUGUUUGACCCAUAGAAAAUUUCAUAAGAAAAUCGUAGCUUCCUGGCUAAAUGUGUUUAAAAAAGUGAAUAUUGAACAUAGACUUACACUAUUCUACUUAGCCAAUGAUGUUAUUCAAUAUAGCAAAAGGAAAAAGUAUGAAUUUGUCGAAAGUUGGGCAACUGCAUUACAAAAAGCCACAACGAUGGUCAGAGAUGAUAAAGUCAAAAAUAAAAUACUGAGAAUAUUUCAUAUAUGGGAAGAACGCGAUGUAUAUAAUGAAGAAUACUUGAGUGAUUUAAGAGGGUUAUUAAAUAUAAAGCCCCUUAAAAAAACUCGCAACCCGAUAGAUAUAUCAGAUUUUCAGCAUACGAACAUUGUUGGUAACAUUCGAGAAUGUAUGGCUUUGUCAACUUGCACAGAUAAGAGUUUCAAAAAUAUUCCCAAAGGACCUAAUUAUGAUUCUGAUGAUGUAAAAGUAAAAUUAAGAGAUAAACGAGAUGCUGAUGAUAUAAUAAGAAAUAUUUUACAGUCUAUACAUUGUUUGGAAAUCUAUAACUCUAACUUGUUAAUCGAAAUUAAUAGUAGGAAGGCAUUACUUUCUAAUUUGGAAACAGCUAUUAAGUUCUAUACACAUCAGCGAGGCGAAGUCAAAGUUGUAGUCAAUGCAUAUAAAAACUUUGGAUCUCGAGUAAAACAAGUAAAAAAAAAACUGGACGAUAUAUUACCGAGUUUGUGUAGUCCUAUACCAUCGCCUGAUAUCGAUGCUCCUUCGCCAGAACGAGAUGCAGAUUUGCAAUUACCUGAUGAACAGUCAUCGAUAUCAAUAAAUAUGAUAAAAAGUACAUUUAAUGGAUAUACAAGUUAUUUAGACGGAAAUUUACCAUUUGAUAUAAAUGAUUUCAAAAGUGAUGACAUCGCAUCAAAAACUCCAAGUCAGCCUAUUGAAGUUAUUAGUUCACGUUCUGAUGAUGAAAGUUUUAAUUCAAGUGGUGAAUACUACAAACCGGAACCACUCAGCACUUAUCACAAUCCUAUGCCUGUGCCACCCGUUCAGUCUGAAUACGCAUCACUGGCACGAACACCCCAACAGUAUAAUAAUGCGCAGUAUAGCAGUGGUUACUCACCGCACGUUCCCACAUAUUCAACAAAUAAUUACAAUAAUAAUAAUAGUGAAAGCGGUUCUUAUGGUACCUCAAAUUGUUCAAAUCUUGGAAAACCGCUAAUGCCACCACCUCCGCCAAUACUGUCAACAUCAAGAACAGAUGUAGGGAAUGGUUCACAAACAAAUACUUCAAAUAACUUCAGUUCUUGGAAUUUAUCAUGGACUACAUCGAGCACUUUAGAAACUCCAGUUUCUCCCCCCCAUUUUGAGCGUGAAGCUCAUAGUUCUAAUUCAUCAACCAUUGAAUAUACAGAAAACGAUUCGGAUUUAAUAUCUGUGCAAGAUGUUGACCAUCGCAAAGUUAAUUUAAGUGCCACAGCUAAACUUGCAUUAGGCAAAGAUCCAAAUCGACAGUUAGAUAUAGAUCACAGAAACUUAAUAUCAUUAACAGGAUCACCUAUAUCGAGUGAUGGUGAUAAGAAUUCAUGGCUCUCUGCAGAACAAAGUUUUCAGACAAAUAAAACGGGCGAUAUAGAUUAUCGAACUGGACCAGCAAAAAUUCAGAAGAUGAAUGAAGUCAAUCAUAUAUCCUCUCCCAAUACUUCGCCUACUAAAAUACCUUCAAUUAUUUUAAACUUAAAUAAAUCACCUCCGCAAAGAAGCAAUGCGAGUUCAUCAUCGGAAUCUCAAAAGGAAGAAAUCAGUGCACCGCAUGAUCCAAUUGAUAUGGUUAUUGAUAUGGAUAUGUCAGAUGAAGAUUUGGAUGAAAUUAUAAGAGAAGUAGCUGAACAAAAUAAGCAACAAAUUCCGUUUCCAGAACCAUCAAGUGAAAACGAAGACUUAUUUCAGGAUGUUAAAGAAACUCAAAGUAAUGCUACUGACAACAAUCGUUCAGUAUUAUUAGAAACUCCCAAUGAGUAUGUGCCGCAAAGUAUUUGGAACUCGACUACAGGAAACCAACCGAAUACAUCGAACUACAUGGUCCAAAAUUCAAAUACAGAAAUGCCAUAUCAACAGGACUGGAAUCCCAUGCAUUUGGGUUGGAAUGGUAAUGGAAAUAAUACUGGUGCAAGUACAAGUGUGUGCGUACCGCCACCACCUAGACCACCUUUACCUUUCCAAUUGCAAUAUGGAAACGGUAAUGGGGGGGAAUACGGUAACGAUUACUGUACAGAUUAUGGAUCUGAUGAAUAUAUGGGCAAUGUUAAUGAUUAUGGCUCCGAAUAUAGUAACGGAGUAGGAAAUGGUAUAAAUGAUGGCAGUACUCCACGAGGUCGUGGACGCGGCUGGGUAAACCCAUCACAAUAUCAAUACCGAGGAUAUAGCCCACGUGGAAAUCGCGGCGGUCAGCAUAACGCUAGUCCAUUUGCCUAUCGUGGCAUGCGAAUGAAUAACAACACACCACGCGGCGGUUUCCGCGGUAAAUUUCGGGGAAAUAUAAAUCCGUGGUCAUAGAUGUUAAUAAGUUCAAAAAAAGUCUACAUCUAAAAGAGCAUUAUCCAUUAUUUGCAUAAUUUAUGUAAUACAAAUACGUUCUAAUAUUUUAAAUUAGAUAAUAAAGGUCACUCGAUUAA